AUGACUGCUGAAGAAUCUGUGCACGUACACACAGUAGGGGUUACACAUUGCUUAAACAUUCUGGAACGUCUGUAUUAUCUCAAAGCUCGUGGUGCAGAGGGAAUGGAACCUGGAUUUAAGGCUUUCUUGAUGUUUAACUGUCCUCGAGGCUCCCUAAUCUCAAAUUUGACUUUUGUCCAAAACGAUCCUACCACGUUUGUUUUUGACAACCAGUACUAUAUUAAUGCUGAAAUGGCAAUGGAUCCAAGAACAGCUGGUAUUGUCCAGCAUUUUGCAAGUGGCCAGGAAGGUUUCUUCCGUGGAUUUUCUUCUGCUUUUCUGAAACUCUCUUCUUCAGUAGUCCUAACAGGAAGCCAAGGUAUCAUUAGGAAGACCUGUAAUGAAUUGUACUGA